UGUUAACGUUAUAAUGUAUAUGGACCGCUGCCACAAAUUUAUUUUCUUGUGGUUUGUGAUUGGCGUUUGUGCUAUGCAGUAUGUGAAGGCGCGGCAAGAUAACAAUUGCGCCGCCAAUGGACAAUAUUGCCAAACACAUUGGGAAUGUUGCUCCCGCAAAUGCAUGACAUAUAUGUAUAUAUGCGCCCCCAAAGCAUCGCAGUAUCAUCACAAUUCUGAAAACCCAACUAGAAGCAACUAUAUCGAUCAAUAUUGGAAUUGGAUUGGCGCCAAACCCAUUGAGGAUGAUCCCAUAAUUGUCACACUAAAAUAUGAUAAGCCAACAACAACAGCUAAACUCAAUGAAAACAUCAUCCAAUCAACGGAGAAAGUGGACAACGUAUAUGAUAUGAUAACAGACAGAGCCAAGCCAGAUCCAACGACGAGAAGAACAUGUAAACUUGUUGGUCAUGAAUGUUCAGAUAGCAGUGAAUGCUGCACAAAGCGUUGUGCAUUCUAUCUUCACAAGUGCGUCACGUAAAGGGAAAACAAGCAAACUUCAUAAUACAUUUUAUUGUAUUCAAAAUCAUUUUGUAUUAAAAAUAAACACGUU